AUGGUCCACAAGGUGCUCUUCUGGAGCGGCUUUGGUAUCGCCGUCCGCCUUUGGCAACUCGGAAUCGAGAUGCGUCCUCUUCUCGCCAAGGAAUCCCUCUGGGUCUACCCUCUUUUCGCCGGUGUUGGUGGCAGCUUCGGAUACUGGAUGCAGGGCGUUGAGAGCCGACAGCUGAAGAUCCUCGCACAGCGCCGGGAGGCUAUCCUCGAGAAGCGUCGACGAAGGGACGAACGCGAAGGCCUCAAGCUUGACGAAGGUGCUGUCCUCGCUGCUACAUCAUAA